CUUCCUCCGGUCCCUGACCUCUUCGGCUGCGACUGCUACCUGAUUGGAAAGACGAUCCAGCCCAUCAGACAAAGAGAAGCAAGGGAUCGACGACUCGGCGGAGCAGGUCGCAGCAUAGCGGAAGAAUCAGAUCUUCUGAUGGGGUUCAUGGCGACGUCGAUCAUCUUCUUUGCGGCGGGGCUCAUUGCCUCGCUUCUCGUCCGCCUCUGCUUCAACCGCGGCGCUUCCACCAAUUUGUUUCACUUAACACUGAUCAUCACUGCGACAGUAUGCUGCUGGAUGAUGUGGGCAAUUGUUUAUCUCGCUCAGCUGAAACCUCUGAUUGUCCCAAUCCUUAGCGAAGCAGAAUGAUGCUCGAGUAGAUGAUAAUACCUCGAGUCUUUUGGUUUGAAGUCAAUAACCACCAUGUUUGAUGUAGUGCAACUCAGCAACCUUAUUGUAAAUUUGUGUACUUCCAUGACGAACCAAAUUGAAUAAUCAAAACUUGAGAUGUGAGAUGCUCUUUCAGACCUCUUUCCUGGUGUUCCAGGCACUGUAAUUUGUUUAAAACUUGAAUAAUACGUGGUAUUGUUUUAGAUA